AUCCUCCAACCCUGGCAACAUCCUUGUAAAUCUUUUCUGAACCCUUUCAAGUUUAAUGUGGCCCCAUUUGUUACUAUUCGUCUUUUCAUAGUCUAAUGGGGAGGAUGAGGAUGAUAUCAAGGUCACUGUGUCGCCUGUGACCAACUGGGAGAACCUCCACACCGAUGAACUUUACCAAGGUCAGAACAAUGUCACCAUAUCCAGCCAUACCUGGCAACAUCCUUGGGAAAGAUCCUGCAAUCAAGCCUGGGACUCGAGUCAUGGCUUCGAUACAAUGCACCCUGACUCGGGGAACCUUGAGUCGUUAGUCAACAGGAUGUGCCCUCUGCACAGGGUCAGAACUGAAGGGGAAUGCCAACUGGGAAAAAAUGAGGAUCAAGGGACUUGCCGAGUGGGCAAGGCACAGGACAUGGGACUACACCUCCAAGACAUGGUCGGGGAUCAAGGGACAAGACCCCUGGGAAAGGUCGGCAAUAAAGAGUUGGGCCCUGCCAGCAAGGUCAAGGAUGAGGGAUCAUGCCGUGAGGUCAACGCGAAGAAUCAAGUGCCGCUGCCACCGGAAAUGGUUAACGGUGAAGGGUCGUCAGCUGCGGGCCAGGUCAGGGAGGAAAGGUCAUGUUCCCUGGGCAACGUAGAGGACGAAGGGUUAGGCCCCAGUAGCUGGGUCAAAGAUCAAGGGGUACAUUCCUUGGGUGACAGCGAUAAUGAAGAGUUAUGCUCCUCAAGCCAGGACAAAGAUCAAGGGUUAUGUUCAUUGGGCAAUGUCCAGGAGAAAGAGUCAUGCCCCUCAGGCCAGGUCAAAGAUCAAGGGUCAUGCUUAUUGGACAAUGUCAAGGACAAAGAACCAAUUCCCUCAGGCUGGGUCAAAGAUCACGGAGCAUGUUCAUUGGGCAAUAUCAAGGAUGAAGGGUCAUGUCCCUCCAGCCAGGUCAAAGGUAAAGGGUCAUGCCUCAUUGGCCCCACCCCCCUGCAUUGGAUGUGGGAGGGCUUUUCCGUGGAGCGGUACGCCCCCCGCAGGCGAUUGGCAGAAAAUGCAGGCGAGGGCUCGAGGGUGAACACCGACGGAGACUUCCAAACUGGACCACCCCCAGAGGGGGUAUCAGCGUGGCGGUGUCGCCAAGGGGCUCGCCCGAGGACGGCUGAGAGUCCGGGGACGUGCCGAUGGACUGAAAUUCCUCACUGCGCCUCCUUCCCCGGCAGGACGCAGGCAGGGCGGACAGAGGCGAGUGGCCAGAGAGGGAGGCGCACCGGCCGGGCUCCCCCUGCCUCCAGGCGCCACUUGGACGAGCCCAGACGGGGCGCAUGCGCGGCCCCGACUCCGGGCGGCGUAACCACAGCAACCGCCGGCCGGCGUCCGGCGCAAGCGCAGAAUCCACCACCGCUGCCUCCGAGGUGCCGGGCCGAGCAGCCGCCGCGGACCGUCAAGGCGUACCGCGAGUUCCUGAGGCAGUACCGGAGCAUCGUGGAGGAUGGGCGAGACGACAAGCCGCCGACGAGGGAUGCUGAUGAGUUCCGGCUGAAGGCCACCAAACUGGUGGAGCAAAGGCACCAACUCGUCAGGAAAACGAUAAUGGAGAAAGAGAGGAAAGAACGGAUGGAGCAAAAGAAACUCUCAAAGGAGAGAAUGAGAAGGAGGAAGCUGGAGAGAGAGAUAGCAGUACGCAUAUCUGUGUGUGAGAUGGACAAGUGGAGAAGGACACAGGCAAGCAAAAAACUGCAGUCCUUCAGGAAAUAUAACCGUGAGCAGACAGUCCAAUACCAGGCGGAGCUCAGGGAGAUGAAGGAAAGAGUGGCCCGUUCUCCAUUCCUGUUUGAGCAAGUCAUCCAGGGCAACGUGCGCAGGACCAUCAGUCGCCUAUUCUCCAAGGUUCUGCAGAAGGUGCGUUUGGACGAGGAGGCGAUGUGCGAGCUCAGCAGGUCGGACUGUGGGACCGAGUCUCAGCUCAUCGACCUCGAGGACGAGAACAGUGACUGCAGGGAGGUGUGUGCUAUGAGGCAUGGCCAGCCACAGCAUCACACCUCUUGCGGGGAGCCCCUGGACACGGCCAGCUGUGAACUCAACCUCGACUGUGACAGCACAAGCAACCCCAGGACGGACCCGGCCACCAACUGUUCAGAAUAUGAAAGGUAGAGAGAGAAUAAUAAAUCCCGUUUGAAAGAAACUGUGCUGGAGUCGGCUAAUGGUGUCAAUUCACAGUCACUGGCUUCAGUGUGGGGUGAGGGGUGGGGAGGAAUGGGCUAAUGGAACCUGGCAGUCUCGGGGUGUCCCCUAACUGCUGUACACUGCAUUCCUGUGGCCUCCCUUGUCCUCAUUAUCGGAGAUCCAGCUGCUUUCCAGAAAGAGAGCCACUAAGAACGAUCAACAAAUAUCUGUCGGCAGAAUUGGGUCGCCUGAGAUGAGCCAAGAUCAUAAAAAGAAAGGAACUGCAGCAGGCCAUUUGGCCCCUCGAGCCUGCUCCACCACUCAAUAUGGUUGUAGCCUUGACUCUCUUCCUGCCUAUGCCCUCGUAUUUGUCAAAUCCCCUGUGAAUCAAAAAUCUGUCUAACAGCCUUAGGCAGCAAUGUGGCAGAAGUGAACUUUCAUACCCAUGACUGCGUACAAAAAGGGACUUUGUCUCUUUAAGAAUUCCUGCAUUCACCUGGUCAAGCCUUGUAAGAACUUUCUGUAGAUCACCUCACAUUUUUCUAAACUUAUAGACCCAGUCUAUUUAACCUUUUCCAACAGC